GGAGUUGAGUAAGUGUUGGUGAAUGAAAUGCACAGGCGAAUGGAUGCCUCCUCGGAGAGCCAGUGGGCAGCGAGGGUUCGAGAAUGAUGGGGUGACCCCGGGUCAGACCCGAGGUCAGGUCCCCGCGCUUCCCCUUCCCACCCGUGUGCUGGAGCCAGGGUCCGCUUCCGAGCGUCACUUUUGUCAUCCGCGGAGUGGAGGUGAUGAGUUUUUAUCUUGGGGUGGCGGAGGAUUAACUGGGUCGGUGCACGCUCAGCCUGCAGGUUUCCCUAGAUGAUGCAUAAACAGUCCUUCUGCCUGAAGAACAUCCUUGGAAACCUUGACCAUGGCAUCGAUAUCAGAACCUGUCACAUUCCGAGAAUUCUGCCCUUUGUACUAUCUCCUCAAUGCCAUUCCCACAAAGAUCCAGAGGGGCUUUCGCUCUCUUCUGGUCUAUCUCACAGCCCUGGACGCCAACAGCGACUACAUUGCGGUGGGCAGCAGCAUUGGCAUGCUCUACCUGUACUGCCGACACCUCAACCAGAUGAAGAAGUAUAACUUUGAAGGGAAGACAGAGUCUAUCACUGUGGUGAAGCUGCUGAGCUGCUUUGAUGACCUUGUGGCAGCAGGUACUGCUUCUGGGAGAGUUGCAGUUUUCCAGCUCGUGUCUUCAUUGCCAGGGAGGAACAAGCAGCUUCGGAGAUUUGAUGUCACUGGUGUUCAUAAAACCAGCAUUACAGCUCUGGCUUGGAGCCCCAAUGGGAUGAAACUGUUCUCUGGAGAUGACAAGGGGAAGAUCGUCUACUCCUCUCUAGAUCUAGACCAGGGCGUCUGCAAUUCACACCUUGUGCUGGAAGAGCCGUCAUCCAUUGUUCAGCUGGACUAUAGCCAGAAAGUGCUGCUCGUGUCGACCUUGCAGAGAAGCCUGCUCUUUCACACAGAGGAGAAGGCUGUCAAGCAGAUUGGAUCCCAGCCAAGGAAAAGUACUGGGAAAUUUGGUGCUUGUUUUAUACCAGGACUGUGUAAGCAAAGUGAUCUAACUCUAUACGCAGCCCGGCCUGGGCUCCGGCUGUGGAAGGCUGAUGUCCAUGGGACUGUUCAAGCCACGUUUAUCCUCAAGGAUGUCUUUGCUGGAGGGGUCACACCUUUUGAGCUCUACCCUCGUCUGGAACCCUCUGAUGGGGGAAGCUGCAGCGCUCCUGAGAAACACCUGGGGCUCGUGUCAUGCUUCUUCCGAGAAGGCUGGGUGUUGAGCUGGAAUGAAUACAGUAUCUAUCUUCUGGAUACCAUCAAUCAGGCCACUGUGGCUGGUUUGGAAGGAUUGGGUGAUAUUGUGUCUGUUACCUGCACAGAAAAUGAGAUAUUUUUCCUGAAGGGAGAUAGGAACAUUAUAAGGAUUUCAAGCAGGCCUGAGGGACUGGCAUCCAUAGUGAGAGAUGGUCUGCAGACAAGAUGUUCAGAUCAGGUCCAUGGGCAACAUCUGGAGAAGUCACCAGGGGCCACUGUUUGUGAGACAAGGCUUCGAGGCUCUUCAGUGGCUAGUUCUGUGGCCAGUGAGCAACGGAGCAGGAGCAGUUCCCUCAACUCUACUGACAGUGGUUCUGGGCUGCUGUUGCUGGGACUUCAGGCUGCCCCUGAGCUGGACCAGGGUAGCCAGCCAUCCUCACAGAGGUUCAGUGUUAUAAGUUCUGAAGACUUCGACCAGGAGCUUAUUGUGAAACCCAUCAAAGUGAAGAAGAGGAGGAGGAGGAGAAAGACAGAAGGUGGAACCAGGAGCACCUGCCACAGUUCCCUCGAGUCAACUCCCUGCUCCGAGUUCCCUGGUGGCAGCCCCCAGUCUUUGAACACAGAGCUCUUGUCUAUGACCUCAAGUGCUCUGGCCAGUAGUGUGGACCAGUUGAGCACAGGGUCUCCAGACCAGGAGAGCAACCCCAGUGUUGAGGUGAAUGGGAUCGUGCCCGAAGACAAUGGCCCUGAAACAUUCAGUAUCCUGGAGGUGCCCGAGUCUGCCCCUGGCCCAGUGGCUGAAGAAAAUGGCACUGGAGAGGAAGCUUGUGACCACAUACAGGACGUGGACCUGGUCAAUGGAGUGUCGGGUUUACACUUUCCACCAGGGGAGGAUGGAGGUGAUGACAUCAUCCCAGGACUUAAAGAGGAGCCUGAUCCUGCUGCUGAUCCUGCUGCUGCUGCAGUACAUGCACAGUUAUGCCUGCAGGAGCAGGACAGCUCCGCUGAGGCGCAGGAAGGGCACACCAUCGUGUCCAGUGACCCCCAGAGCACUUUUUCUGAAGCCUCUCCUCUGGACUCACUCACUGUACCUUCCAGCCUCAGCUGGCCCCCAGGUGCUGAGCAGUGGCUGCCUGGGAUUGGAGUUUGUGAAGUCAGCACUGAGGAGGCCAGCCCAGAACCGGACAUCUUGACCCAUGUGGAGGUUCCUAGCCACCUGAGCUCAAAUCCUUGGCAUGUGGUCACUGAUCAUGACACAGGCCAGAAAGAAACACCCACUUCUGAAUGUGGCACAGGGAACAUGGGGGCGCAGGAGACCACACCUCUUGUCUCUGCCUUGGUGGCCGACACCCGUGACCAUUGGCUGGACCAGCCUCUCCAAGAUGAGGCAGUGACAUCCAGUGAUGAGGAAGACAUUUAUGCCCAUGGACUUCCAUCUUCACCCUCGGAGACAAGUGUGGCAGAGCUUGAAGCUGGUCGCUCUCUGCAGGACCUGAGCCAGCCGGGGACUGACGACACCACACUGCUCAAGGCAGAUCAGUUUGCAGAGAGCUGGAUGGGCUACUCGGGUCCUGGCUAUGGCAUUCUCAGCUUGGCAGUCUCGGAAAAGUUUAUCUGGUGCCUGGACUACAAAGGUGGCCUGUUCUGCAGUGCCCUGCCUGGUGCAGGGCUGCGCUGGCAGAGGUUUGAAGAUGCUGUCCAGCAGGUGGCAGUCUCUCCCUCAGGGGCUCUUCUCUGGAAGAUUGAACAGAAAUCUAACCGUGCUUUUGCUUGUGGCAAAGUUACCAUCAAGGGAAAGCGGCACUGGUAUGAGGCUCUGCCCCAGGCGGUGUUUGUGGCCCUGAGUGAUGACACAGCCUGGAUCAUCAGGACCAAUGGAGAUCUGUACCUUCAGACAGGUCUCAGUGUGGAUCGGCCCUGUGCCCGAGCUGUGAAGGUUGACUGUCCCUGUCCGCUGUCCCAGAUCACUGCCCGGAACAGUGUGGUGUGGGCACUGACGGAGCAGAGGGCCCUCCUAUACCGUGAGGGCGUGAGCCCCUUCUGUCCUGAAGGGGAGCAGUGGAAGUGUGACAUUGUCAGUGAAAGGCAAACUCUGGAGCCUGUCUGCAUAACUCUCGGAGAUCAGCACACACUCUGGGCCCUGGACAUUCAUGGGAAGCUGUGGUUCAGAACGGGUGUAGUUCCCAAGAAGCCCCAAGGAGAUGAUGACCAUUGGUGGCAGGUGAGCAUCACAGACUAUGUGGUGUUCGACCAGUGCAGCUUGUUCCAGGCCAUCAUGCAUGCCACGCACUCAGUAGCGACAGCAGCUCAAGCCCCUGUGGAGAAGGCGGCAGAUAAACUGCGCAUGGCAUUUUGGUCUCAGCAGCUUCAGUGCCAGCCCAGCCUGCUAGGGGUUAACAACAGUGGCGUCUGGGUCUCCUCGGGCAAGAAUGAAUUCCAUGUUGCUAAAGGAAACCUCAUAGGAACUUACUGGAAUAAUGUUGUUCCCCGGGGAACAGCCUCGGCCACAAAAUGGGCCUUUGUGUUGGCUUCUCCUGCUCCUACCCAGGAUGGAAGCUCCUUGUGGCUGUGCCAGAGCAGCAAGGACCUGUGUAACAUCAGUGCCCAGAGUGUGCAGUGCCGCCCCUCCACAGUGCAGCUGCCCCCCGACGUGGACAUGAGGACCUACGCUGCCUGCCGGGAUGCACUGUGGGCCUUGGACAACCUUGGGCAGGUGUUCAUCAGGACUCUUUCUAAGAGCUGCCCCACAGGCAUGCACUGGACAAGACUGGACCUUUCCCAGCUAGGAACUGUAAGACUGACCAGCUUGGCAUGUGGCAAUCAGCAUGUCUGGGCCUGUGACUCCAAGGGUGGAGUUUACUUCCGUGUUGGAACCCAGCCUCUGAAUCCCAGUCUGAUGCUUCCGGCCUGGAUCAUGAUUGAGCCACCUGUGCAGCCUGCUGGGGUCACCUUGGUCAGCGUCCAUUCUAGUCCCAAUGACCAGAUGCUGUGGGCCCUGGACAGCCGAUGGAAUGUGCAUGUGCGAACUGGAAUCACUGAGGAGAUGCCUGUGGGGACAGACUGGGAGCAUGUGCCAGGGUUACAGGCCUGCCAGCUGGCACUGAGUACCAGGACCGUGUGGGCCCGCUGUCCAAAUGGUGACCUCGCCCGCCGAUAUGGCAUCACAGACAAAAAUCCUGCUGGGGACUACUGGAAGAAAAUUCCCGGAAGUGUGUCGUUUUUCACAGUGACUUCAUCAGAUGAGCUGUGGGCAGUGGGCUCCCCUGGCUGUCUUCUCCAGCGACUGACAAAGACGUUCAGCCAUUCACACAACACCCAGAAGAACAGCCAGACAGCUGCCCCCCACCCGGAGGACCUGGAGGACGAGUGGGAAGUCAUCUGAAAAAGAAGCCCAGGCGGCCAGCCCGGGAGGAAACAGGCUGUGUGAUAGACGCUGCCGGUCCCAGUGACUCUCUUAUGGACACGCCUCAUCCACCAGGCUGGACACCUCACACUUGCACUCAUCUGUAUUUGUUUCUUUCCGUCUCAUUCCAGAACUCACAGCCUCAGCCAUGCACCCGGAGCUGUUGCUGUAGCAGCAGCACCUCUGACCUCUUGCCAAGGUCACCUCCAAGCGGGAGCAGUGGCUGUUGCUGCUCAGUUGCAUGCACUGGUUACCUGUGCACCACAGUAAAUUCUCUUCAGCAACUGCAGAUCCUGGUGUGGGGGCCAACAGGGAGCCAGGAAGCGUCGGGCACCAGUCCAUCCCAGAACCCCAGGCCAAACAGGUCAAAGUUCACAGCCAUUGGAUGUGUGCAGUGACAGUGCUGACGUUCAUCCCAGGGUCCCUCACAUCUGUCCGAGAGAUCCAGGCCACAGUGUAUGCCCCAGGCAGACAUUCCAGGUGGGAAAGUACCCAUCCAGGAUGGGGGUGAUGAACUGUGCAAGCUGUACACGCACGCACAAAUCCAUGCCUCCUCACAUUGCCCACACUCAGGGUAGCUGUCCACCUCCUGCCCACGUCGGCCAACACAACAGCCAAUCAGCCAGAUAGAACACAGAGGUGCCCACAUGGCCCAUUUAGUGCAGCACAUGGUGCUGAUGAGACACAGGCGCUGAACUAAUCUAGAGACAUCUUUGGGAAAACAUUUGACCAGUGUGCUGGUGGGCAUCUCAAGCCAGGCACUUCCUCAGAUGGUGAAUCUAGUAAUUGCCUUUUUGUUUGCUGGUUACAAACCUGAAUAAGAUACCUCAUUUUAAAUGAAAUCUCACAAAUUUAGAAGAUAAAUGUAUCUUCUGAAAACAGUGAAGGUCUUUUGUUCCUUCAGGUUUAUCCUAAGCCCACCUUGUCCUGGCUAUAGCUUUGCCAGGGUGGCCAUCCCCUAUCGUACCCCCACCCAAGAGCAGCCAGUGUCUUCAGUGGGCAUAGCAUUGACUCCCUAGUAGGUGGGAACAGUGCCUCCUGCUCACAGCUGCCAUGUCCCAUCACAGCGGUCAGGACAGCGGCACUCUUUCCUCAGGCAUCUGAGCUUCGGGGCAGGCUGGUCACUAUGUGUCCUUCCUGGAGCCUGCUGCCCCACCCAGGAGGUCCCUGUUACUGCUCCACACUGACUGCUUUUUUCAGUCCUCCUGGACCCAGGCGGUUACUUGAUGUCUGUUUUCUACUAAGCAUGUGUCAGGACCCCCAGUCCCAGGUGAAGGCCCAGCCGUCGUGAAGCAGAGGCUUCCGGGUCUCAGCAAUGAUGAGCUACUGAGGGCCUUGACUGCACUUCAUUUUAUAGACUCCUUUUUAUAAGAGCUCGGUGACAGCAGAGGCAGCCCCAGCUGGGCUGUACCUCUUCUGUGAACGGUGUGCCUUGCCUGGCUCCUCACAGUGGCGUCACCCCCCCCCAAGCCCAUGGGACGACAGUGCAAUUAAACCCGUUAAGUAGACACUUUGAAACUACUUUGAGCUUCAGUGCUUUAUAUGAUUCUCUUUUUAGUUUCAAAUUGUAGUUGUGCUUUGAGAUCAUGAAAAAUAUUAGACUUUUUGCAAAUGUUGUGCCUGAUGAUUGAGCUGGGUGGGCCUGCAGAAAGCCCGCCAGCCCAGCCACAGUGCAGCUGAGCGCCACAGCCUGGUCUCGGGACCUGGAUAGUGUUGGGCCAGCUUCCCGGUGGUAUAGUCGACACACCCUCUGGCAGCCCUGGAGAGAAUCCCAAAGAAGGGCUGUCCCAAGACAUUACUCUUUCAUGGUUGUUUUGACAGUCUUAUGUAGCCCAGGCUGGCCUCCAAUUCACCAUGUAGCUAGCCAAGGAUGGCUUUUUCUGACCUUUCCGACUCCACCUUUCAAGUUCUAGGAUUACAGGUGUGCACCACCACAUCCUGCUAAGAUGUCAGACCCCAUGCAGUGAAGGAAGUCUCGGUAUAGCUCACUUUCAGAAUCCCCAUUGGGGUCUUCUCCUAGAGCGGAAUUCUUGAAAUCAUGACAGUACCCACAUAGACCCCCAGGUUACUGGUCAGGUCUUCUAGCUCCAUGUCCCCUCUCUAGAGCCUCAAUCUGUGUUCACAAUCACAUAGUAAACAUGGGCCAGGACCUAGCUUAGUGAAUCUGCUGUCCUGUGCUGAUGCCACAAACUCCUGGAGUCACCCCAGCAAGUCAGGUACAGCCCAGACGAUGGCCGGGCCUCACCACGAGCACCAGGGAGCACCCUGCAGUCAGGAUCACAGCACCCCGCCCCCAUUGCCGGACAUGGCUGCUGUGCCUACCGUUUCCAUUUAGCACAGAAAACCUGCCUUCGCCUUCUAGAGGGCAAGGGCUUUGUACACCCAAAUAACAGGACAGCCACAGAAAACCCUUAUGGCGAAUUUUACGUAUUCAAAAUGUAGAGCCUCUAAGUCAGAAACCCACGUGGGGCUGGGGAUGUGGCUUAGUGAUGGACCUCCCAUGCACACCACAACACAGGGAAAACCCUGCACGGACCCCGAGCAUGCCUGCAAUCCCAGCACGCAGGACACAGAGUCCGGAUUGCUACACGCUCCAGACCAGCCUGGACCACAUAGUAAAGGCCUGUCUCAAAAACACUAAAGUUAAAAGUAAACUAAGUGAGAAAGGAGCAUGAUUGCCACAAGUGUGGCACCUAUGUUGAAUGUUCACUGUAAGAGCUUCUCCAAACCAGUAGGAACAAACACGACACAGGUGGGCACAGGAGGUGAAGCGCCUCACCGAAGCAGCCCCCCGUAAGAGACCCAAAAGGCACAGCCCUCUGGCAGAGCCUCUGAUGGGCCUUUAGUCCAAAAGACCCCACACUUUUGCCACCUCUGAAAAUCUUUCAAGAACAAAGUCAGAGCUGGGAUGUAACACAUAGCCCAGGGAUCCAGCACCGCCUAGCACGCUGCCGUCCCCAGGUUGGGUUCCCAGAAUGGCAACCAAGAGCAAAAUAGGGAAGGUGCCACUGUCGGGGAACUUGAACACGUGCCUGUAAUGCCACAGGACAUAUGCCAUCAGGGCACACUGUGGGUCCCACCCCACGGGGAUCUUAGGGUGAAGCUCUUGUGGCCUGUCACUACAGCAUGGCUUACAGAUGGAGGAGGAGGAGGACAUUGUGUGGAGGGGCACUUCUGGUGCCUCCCCCUUCAGGAGGGUCGGAGAGACAAGUUCUCACUUGGGACGAGCAGCUGGCCAGUGAUUGUUUCCAAGUUGUGUCUUUUGUAUCCUUUGAAUGUUGAGCCAUGUAAAUGUAUUAUUUAUUUCAAAACUAAAUAAAUUUACAUUUUAGAAAUCCAAUUCUCUUAA